GCAAUUGAAAACCCACUGUCUGCAUACUGUAUCUUUCUCCUUCGCUCCCCUUCCCUCCUGUGCCUUUGCCUCCUCUCUCUCUCUCUCUCUCUCACAGCUCCCAAGGCUUCCCAGUCUCCUUCACAGCUCUGCUCCGCCUGUCUCACACUUCCUCUCUCAUAUCUCAAUCUAGUGUGUUUGUAGCUGAUGCUUGAUCUGAUAGGGUUUUGAUUCCUUACAUUCUUGUACAUCGGAACCCCAUCUCGUUCUCUUCCGGUGGAGCAUACUAAAGCAAAAAUGGAAACAAAUUAGAGGUUUUUCAGAUUUCUGGGUUUUGCACUAAGAAUUUCAAUUGGGCAUGGUGAGUAAGGAGGAUGCCUCCGCUACUUCACGGCCUCCGGCCCAGCUUUCAAGCUCUCGGAAGAUGUUCUGGCGCUCAGCAUCAUGGUCUGCUUCACGGACCACCCCUCACAACCCUGAGACUGAGGAAAAAGACCUAGUAGAUCCAAAUGCCACUGUAGGAAACAGUGUCCAAAACCACCGUAGGUUUCCUGUGCCUUUAACCCCUCGGUCCCAGCAGAAUAGCAAGGCUAGGUCUUGUUUGCCCCCCUUGCAAUUACCUCUUGCUCGACGUAGCUUAGAUGAGUGGCCCAAGGCGGGUUCGGACGAUAUUGGUGAGUGGCCACAACCUCCUACCCCAAGUGGAAGAGGUGGUGGGGAGAGGUUGAAGCUUGAUUUAUCAACGAUUCAGCGAAACCCGGAAAAGAAUGGUGGGCUUGUGAGGAGGGAUAAGAUUGCUUUCUUUGAUAAAGAGUGUUCCAAAGUGGCCGAACACAUUUAUCUUGGUGGAGAUGCGGUUGCGAGGGAUAGGGACAUACUUAAGCAGAAUGGGAUUACUCAUGUUCUAAAUUGUGUGGGUUUUGUUUGUCCCGAGUAUUUCAAGGCGGAUUUUGUGUAUAGAACUCUAUGGUUGCAGGACAGUCCGACUGAGGACAUUACUAGUAUAUUAUAUGAUGUUUUUGAUUACUUUGAAGAUGUUAGGGAACAAGGUGGAAGAGUUUUUGUUCAUUGUUGUCAAGGGGUAUCUCGGUCCACCUCAUUGGUGAUUGCGUAUCUUAUGUGGAGAGAAGGACAGAGUUUUGAUGAUGCAUUUCAGUAUGUGAAAGCAGCAAGAGGCAUUGCUGAUCCGAAUAUGGGUUUUGCUUGUCAGUUGUUACAGUGCCAAAAGAGGGUCCAUGCUUUUCCUCUUAGCCCGAGUUCACUAUUGAGGAUGUACAGAAUUGCCCCACAUUCACCGUAUGAUCCUUUGCAUCUUGUCCCAAAAAUGUUGAAUGAUCCAUCACCUGCUGCUCUGGAUUCUAGAGGUGCAUUUAUUGUUCAUAUACCGUCUGCCAUAUAUGUUUGGAUUGGUAAGAAUUGUGAGGCCAUCAUGGAAAGGGAUGCAAGAGGGGCUGUUUGUCAGAUUGUUCGGUAUGAAAGAGUGCAAGGUCCAAUAACUAUAAUCAAGGAAGGGGAAGAACCAGCUUACUUUUGGGAUGCUUUCUCAAACAUUUUGCCAUUGAUGGAUGGGUCUGGCAAUGGAGGGGAGGUUGGGGAAUCAACAGUUAAGAUUCAUCCAGGUGAAAGGAAAACAGACGGAUAUAAUGUUGAUUUUGAAAUUUUCCAGAAAGCUAUUAGGGGUGGUUUUGUACCUCCAUUUGCAUCCUCCGAGAAUGAACACGAAACCCAUCUUCCUGCUAGAGAGAGUAGCUGGAGUAUGCUCAGGCGUAAGUUUGCCUCUGGCAAUAUGAAGGAGUUUGUCCUAGCACCCAGGAUAUCCCUCUCCAGGGUCUAUUCAGAUUCUAUGAUGUUAGUUCAUACAGCUAAAAAUAAUUCAUCAGCGUCCUCUUCAUCUUCAUCGUCCUCCUCUUCUUCACCUCUAUAUCUAUCACCAGAUUCCAUAUCUUCUGAAUCAAGCACUAGUUCGAAGUACUUUUCAGAAUCCUCUAUGGAUUCUCCAUCAGCAGCUUCAUGCUCUCUUCCAGUCUCUUCAACAUUGUCAAAUGAUUCUGACAUGUCUCUCCUCUCAUCUAAAUCUUCUGAUCAACCCAUGUCUAACAGUCCAGAAAACGUUGUUUCCAAUUGUAGUUCACAGUCCUAUUCUCGAUCAACCUCAUUACCAUCCAAAAAGUUAUCUUCGCUUGCAGAGCGCAGAGGUAGUUUGUCUCUCAAGUUGCCUGUGAUGAGUGAUAAGAUGAGGCUGAUGAGUACUUCCUCAAAAUUUCUUUCCACUAAAGAAGAUGGUGUUAGGAUAAAUGACAGUACUUGUUCUGUAGGUCACAUAGAUGAUAUUGACAAGGUAUUAGAGCCAAAGGAUGGUGUUCAAAAUGGAGGGGAAUAUUCAAGACAACAGUGCAACAUAUGCCAGAAGGAACCUUCUUUUAUCAAACAUUGCCCUUUGGAAGAAGGUGCAGGAUCAUCUGCCUCAAAGGAGACUGGGGAAAGUUGUCCAGCACAAUGUAAUUUUAUGCAACCUUUUGUAUGCCGCUGGCCCAGUUUAGAGAAGAUUGCUACAUUUGGUGUGAGGGAACUAGAUUCUAAAUCUGCUUUCACUAUUUACUCACCAAAUACAGGUGUUGGAAAAAGUGAAGACAGUGUUUUGUAUCUUUGGGUAGGAAGAUUUUUUCACUGUGGUAAUUUUCCGAUUCAAUUAGAUAGUGGCAGAGAGAGAACUGAUGUAGAAGGGACUGACUGGGAUCAAGUUAGCUGUGAUGUCCUUAUCCAAAUGGGUAUGCCAAAGGACACAAUAAUUAAGAUUGUUAAAGAAAAUGAAGAACCAGUGGAGUUUCUCGAAUUGUUGAGUCUAUUGUAGUGCCAGUGCAAAUGAGGAGAGAUCUAUAGUCCCAUUGCUCAAAUCAAUUUUCUGUUUCUUCACAUGGCUUAAUUUGCAGUCCAACAUUUUCAGGCAUCAGGAUAAUCUCCAGUGGCAAAAACCAUUGAGGAAGAGGAGAAUGAUGCUGGUCUCUAACUGCCUUGUUGCUAAUCAACUGGUUGUACAGUGCUGUAACACCCUGGUAACUCAUAAUCAGAUUUUUCUUGUAUAUUCACUAAUACAAGGACCAAUUCCUGAAUGCCUUUUCAGGCCAAGCAAUUUAUAUUAAACGUUCCAUUCUUAA